CUAAACUAUCAGAAACAUGGCUUCCAUGCAUUCUACUAUUUGCUUUCUGUCUCUCUUUCUCGCCCUCCAUUUCUUCUCUCCAUCCCUUGCAAAAAUCUCUACCUCACCGGAUGCCGUUUGCAAUUCCACCCCUUACCCUUUCUUCUGCCAAUCCAUUUUACCAAACAACCAAUCUUCCACUAUAUGCGAUUACGCCCGGUUUUUCAUUCGCCAUUCCCUAGAAACAACCAGUCAUUUCCUUUCAUUGGUCAAUAGCUACCUCACACUCCCAAAUGGGCUCUCUCAACCCACCAUUCGUGCUCUCAAAGAUUGCCAGUCCCUCCUCGGCUUAAACAUGGAUUUCUUGUCGACCACUAUUCAAUCCAUCGAUUCUACAGAUACCCUUCAAAGUUCACAAGCUGAUGAUACACAUACCUUGCUUAGUGCCAUUAUGACCAACCAUCAAACAUGUUCGGAUGGGCUUCAAGCCACAACUCCACCCUCUAGCAUUCAAAACAACUUUUUAAGUCCUUUUGACGAUGGAAACAAGUUGUACAGCGUAUCACUUGCACUGUUUAAGCAUGGUUACGUUCCUAAAACAAGAAAAGGCAGAUGGCUAGCAGAAAGAGAGUCAUUGUUUUCCAAAUAUGGUCACUUGGGUCUGAAAAUGUCGAGCCAACACCAGAAGAUUUAUGAAUCGAUGAGUGGAAGAAAGCUCUGGCAAACGAGUGGGGGCGGUCAGGUGAAGGUGAACAAAAUGGUGGUUGUAAGCAAGGAUGGGAGUGGGAACUUCACGACAAUUAGCGAUGCAGUGGCGGCAGCGCCAACCAACACUGCUGCUAACCAGGGAUACUUCAUGAUUUAUGUGGUUGGAGGAGUAUAUGAAGAAUAUGUUUCCAUUGCACAGAACAAACAGUACUUGAUGAUGGUCGGAGACGGCAUUAACAAGACUGUAAUUACAGGGAAUCAUAGUGUGGCUGAUGGGUGGACUACAUAUAGUUCUCCAACAUUUGCUGUAGUUGGACCAGGAUUUGUGGCAAUAAACAUAACCAUUCAAAACACAGCAGGAGCAGUAAAGCAGCAAGCAGUGGCACUUUUAAACAAUGCUGAUUUGUCCACCUUCUACAACUGCAGCAUUGAAGGCUACCAAGACACCUUGUUAACCCAUUCUAUGAGGCAAUUCUACAGCCACUGCGAUAUCUACGGCACGGUGGAUUUCAUAUUUGGAAAUGCAGCCGUUGUUUUCCAAAAUUGCAAUGUGUAUCCGCGGCUUCCCAUGCAAGGCCAAUUUAAUGCAAUCACCGCACAAGGCAGGACAGAUAUAAACCAAAAUACCGGUACUUCAAUACAAAAUUGUACCAUUAUAGCUGCCCCUGACUUGGCAGCGGACAAUGGCACAACACAAACAUACUUGGGCAGGCCAUGGCAGUUGUGCUCGAGAACUGUUUAUAUGCAAUCUUUCAUGGAUAGCUUGAUUAAUCCAGCUGGUUGGGCUGUGUGGUCCGGGUCUUUUGCAUUGGACACAUUGUAUUAUGCAGAAUACAACAAUAGAGGACCGGGGUCAAGUACUACUAACAGGGUUACUUGGCCUGGUUACCAUGUGAUAAGCGCAACGGAUGCGGUUAACUUCACUGUCUCCAACUUCAUAUCAGGAGAUGACUGGUUGCCUGCAACUGGAGUCCUUUACACUAGUGGUUUAAUGUGAACAUAGAAACUUGAAAUGUCUUCUCUCUGUUAAUUUGUAUUUAAAAUUUGAUGUUGAAUGUCUUUAUUUCUUUCAAAAUUAUUAUAAAAUUGUGUC